CAGCAUCAGUGUAGAAGUGGAUGCUACAACCAUAGUAAAACUUAAGGUUCUUUUUCUUAGUAUUCUAGGCUUAUUCACAUUUUGUUGCCAUCAAUGUUGUUAUCCAGCGGACGCUUGGUUCGCUGGCGGGCUGUCAAACGCAUUUCCCAGAGGGGUGCUUUCGAGAGCAUGAACAGCCAAGGAAUUGUUAAGACUCUUUCACUGAAGAUUAGAUUCAUAUGCACCGCCCCCGUCCUUCUCUGAAAAAAUAAGAGGAAAUCCUUAUACUCCUGGAGGUGUCCUCGUCUGCUAAGCAAAUAUCUGUCCAACUCUUUGUCCUAAACUCUUUUUUAGGUGGUCCCUUUAUCCUUUGUCAUGAAAAAUAUCUUUCCUACAACAUCCAGUUCCAGCCUACUUUUGGUUUUCUCACUUACUUAUGAUUAUUUAAUCUCUAGCUCUCUCUAAAAGUUAUUUCCUCUCUCUAAAAUUAAAAUUUAUUUCUCCACCUCUUCUAGCUCUAACACACCUCCAACUCCAGCAAGCGUCACGACAACCGCAAAAAGGGCCUUUGCAGGUGUCAAGGCAGAGUUGGAAUAUCAGGUCUGGCCUCAGAAGUCAGAGACUCCUAUGCGCAUAGGUCGUUAUAUUGACCGCGAAUUACCGUCUACAGGGGCUACCCAUGUGGAUGAGCAUCAACCGGUAUUUAUAUAUUGUAUAGAGCCUUUCUUAAGAUUGAUUAUUACUUUUACUAGUGGUGUGGAUCAUGAAGAACAUCUGCGGGUAUAGUUUUGCUUGCUGGCACUAUGGAAAGAAUGUGAAUGAAGAUCGAGUUCUUUUCUAGUGGAGACACAGAUGAGACAGAGGACACCACCAAUAUUGGUAGUGGUCGGGAAUAUAAUCCUGAAAAAUCCCUCGUCUUAACCCUAGGUCCCCAUCAAUAUCAGCAGUGGUCGCGGCGUAGAUUGCAGGUUGGAUCGUGAAGGCUUCACUUUUGUCGAAAAUGAGCCGCUUCCAGAGAAUUUGGACGUUGACUCAGUCGAGAGUAUCAAGGAUGUGUACUACAAUUACGGAGACGAGUACUACUUUAGUCUAGUUCAUCUUCGCAGUAAUUGUACAGCAUGAUUCUAGUCGAACUACUUUACUCUAGAAGUUCAAUGAACUUUUCAGUACAUUUUUGAUUCUAGUCCUCAGUGCAUCCACAUUCUACUCUAGUUCUCAUCGUACUACGGUCUAGUUCUCAUCGUACUACAAUCUAGUUCUCCUCUCGUCCACAACUUGCUGGAGCCUAAUGGUCUUAAGGGUAGGCUAAAGGUGCUUUUGUUACCGUUUCUUGUGGCUCUCCUAGUCCUAAGGGGGACAGUUGUGAUAGAAUAAACGGGAUAAACGAACACCAAAGGCCUACCUCUAAGGGUCGUCUACCUUCAGGUCCUCGCGAAGUUGUUCUAUCUUCUAAUCUCCAAACAUCCAAGACCUCGUCAAGCGCCAGACAGGGUGUUCCAAAGUGUUGGUUUUCGACCAUACCUUACGCAAUUCGGGUCAGACGAAUCUGAACGUACUCAACGACGCAAAAGUUAUGGCGUCUUUUUACUCAUACAACGUAUCGAUCGCGAUAGUUGAAAAAUUUUUGUUCCGGGAUUCGGAUGUAGUUGGGGUCUAGUUUUUGAUAAGUUGUUCAAGUUGACACUGUAAUAUUAUAGAUUCAAGUACGCAAAUACAAGUACAACCCAGUGGAGUUUAUUCAUUGUUUGGAGCACGCAAAUAAAAGUAUUCGAAAACUCAAAAUAAGCGAGCUACUGACUGAAAUAAGAGAGUCUUGACUACGUUCCUCUUCUUUCAGUAUCUGCCUUAUUUUCAAUAGUUACUCGGUUAUUUCAGUUUUGCGAAUAGUAUAUAGACGAGCUUAGCCUGCUCUAAACCGUCCGCCGCAGCAAGUGUGGUGCGUGUCCACUGCGAUUACACUGCUGACUCUGCACCAAUCCGACUACGACAAUUGGCCCGUACUGCUUCUUACACAGGAGACAAAUUUGAUGCCGCCAUGGUCGAUGAUUAAGGCUUUUCUGACUCUAAAAAUAAGAUUUCAAUGACUACUCAGAAUGUACUCUACAGAAAGGGGAAAGUAACACGGAUGUGCCACUUGAGGGGAAAGUAGCACUUGAGGGGAUGUACUCUACAGAAAGUAACACGGAUUAGAAGGGACUACAGAAAGAAUUGUUUGGGCUACAGAAUGUCUCGUGUUUUGGGGCCCCCGAGCGCCUAGCCCUUCAGCCUCCAAAUGGAACAGCUUACGAGCGUCAGGCCUCUCCGUGGCCUCUCCGAGGGUAGCCCCUUAGCUGAUUCACAUUAGCUAGCUAGUCAACUACCUAUUUCGAUUUUCACCAUUAUUUAAAUUCAAAAUUAACGAAUUGGAACUUUUUGUAAAAACGCACUUUGUGCUUGUCUACACACAUGUCAAUAUCACAGUAACACGGAUUAGAGGGGGCUACAUCCAGUCCAUAAGAUCUUAGAACAAGGGACUUCAGGAUUAUAUUUCUAAGAUGCCGUCCUGAAGUCAGGCAAACGGUUUGCGUUUAUUAACCUUUGGCGCAGUAUUGACAAGGAGAACCCGGUUAAAGUGAAGCCUCUGUCGGUAUGCGACUAUCGGAGUGUGGAUAUGGCGAAGGAUGCGCUGCUGUAUGAGUUGGUGUAUAACUUAUGGCUGGACGAAGAUGAACAGCUGUGUUUUACAGAUUGUAAAAAUGUUUGAUGUUGUAAGGUCGCUCGCUAUUGCUGGACCUAACUAUCAGUACCUAGAAGUGGUACGCUAUCAGUCCACAGUGGUAUGCUAAGCGAACGAGGGCCACUAUCAGUGAGGGAGCUAUCACUAUCAAUACUUAUAAUGGUACAAACCUCAACCCCUAAAAAAAGACCGCGUCGGAGAAAACUACAGUCUUGCACCGGAAGCUGCUGGGAAGCAUAGCUGGUUCUAUUGGCCAGACAUGACGUCCGAUGAAGUUAUCAUGUUUUAUGAAGUGAACAUGGAAACUGAAAGCAUUGCUAUUCAGCGGUAGACAUCAUGACGAUAGUCAUAGUCUUCGGUAUUUCUUCAGAAAAUUUGACUUUCUUCGACUAGCAUUUCACUGAAAAAGAUAAAGUAGAUUGUGGCUCUAAUCCGUAUUCAUUCACUCGUGCUUGUAGUCUCUUACAGCAACCGCUUUGCUUUUCUCAAUAGUAUUGGAUACAUAGUACUAACUUUAUCAAUACCCUCAAUAAAAGUUCUAAGUUAUUUUCAAUGUCCUCUACGACCUAAGUUAUAACUUAGAAUUUCUUGAAUUCUAAAUUUCCAACGUCUACGAUAGGGAUUCCAUGGGCGCGCCAUUCGUUUUCCAUACAGCUUUCGCUGAUCCAAGUACUCCUGCGGAUGCACCUGCUAGAAAAAUUAUGCUCAUACUCGACCAAAUCCCAAACCUAAGCCCAACAUCAUCUACUCACCUUAAAUGCAAGAAAGCACUGCACACCAGGUUCAUCUUUAGAAAGGCAAGACCGGCCACAGCACCAGGUUACAUCUUUACAGAUCUUCACUCAUCUUCACAUCGACCUUCAAUCAGUGGUGGGACGACACGACCUUUCGUCUCAAGUAUUACACCAGUACCAGAUCCAGAUGCACCUUUCUCCUUUCUUUUCAAGUGAAGAUUGUUGCAUCUUCGCUCUAAACCACGCAUAGAAGUGCGAGCAGUAGCCAUUUGGGACGAUGAGAUAGUUGCACCAGAGCGCCAAACGCGUAUUGAGGUGGCCAACAACAAACCAGUGCCGGUGUUCUAUGACAUGCUGCACUCGAACAACGCAGCAAGAUGCCGGUUAUGGUUGCAGAUGAAAGGUAUUGCUCAAUACUGUAUAACUAUAAAAACCGGAGCAGGAGGUUGUGGUUGAUACUGAAGAUCUUGAUUCCAUCUUUGUAGUACUUCAUGUGCCUAAAAAGUCAGUGUAUUCUUCCUAAAACAAUCCUUUUCAUCUAUGGUAUUAUGCCUUGAGGAAGUUCUUCCCAUGAUCACUCCCAAAUCUGAUCACGACUCACAUCAGGCGUCCCCCAGUCCGAAUGCAAAACGGUGAUGAUCACCUACGCAGACUUGCAAGACCCUGAGUACGCAAAGAUUAACCCGGUGAAAAAAGUGCCCGCUUUUCAAGCCUGGAGAAAAGUGCUCAAGGAGGAUAUCCCAAACGAAGACUUGAUUAUGAAUGAGGAGCAUAUGAAUGAGGAUCAUUAGCCAACUUCUACGUCGUUACCAUUAGCAUUACCAUAUACCCAACCAUUGCCUACGUUCGUAGUUAGUCAUUAUGAAUGAGGAUCAUUACCAUUAGUCAUCAUAUACCCAACCAUUGACUACAUUCGUCUCUGAAAAAAGGCAAACCAGAAAAAUUAACCAACCUAAGUUAGAUAUUGAUAUUUUUUUGUCGUAAGGAGGAAGUGCUAGUCGUGUAUGUACAGUGUGGGUGGAUUGGUAUUACCCAAUUUCAAUUUUUUUUUGACAUCAAUUCCAAUUUUUGAACAAAGUGAAAGUUUCUCUUCUAACUCCAGCAAAGAAGAGAUAGCGGAGGCGGAAGCCUCACCUUGGAACUACUUUUAAGGCUUGAAAGUUGGCAUCUCUAUAAGCAUCUCUAUGGUUUCUCCAAGUAGGAAAGCCAUAGAUAUGCGGGCUAGAGAUGCCAACUCUCAACCCCUAAUACUUCUAUGCCAAACAGGCAAUCUUCGAAUCGCACGUCGUCAUGCAGUACCUGGAAAGGAGGUUCAACAAGGCAAUAAACCCGGAAAGAUCUUUCAUUUUAUGGCCUUUCUUGCUCUUUGUCGUAGAGAAUCUACCAUAUUGUUCUUGUCACUCCUUCUCCUUCAUUCCAUCCGGACAGUCCCGAACUGACUGCGUGUUUGAAGAGAUCAGAUUAAUAUUAAUUCUGUUUGAAGGGAAUGAAGUACGCGCUGAUUUUUUUCUUUGAUUUUCGAUGAAGGAUAAUAAUUGUCGUGUUUGAAGAUGAAGAAGAGAUCAGAUUGAUUCUGUUUGAAGGAGAUGAAAUUAGAAUACAAGAUUGACAUAGAGAAUAAGCUUCGUUAAGGCAGUCUGCACUGAACUUUGUGCGAGAUACAAAAAAAAAAAGCGAGAUUAAUUGUAUUGUAUUGUAUCUAUAUUGUUCUUGUCACUCCUUCAUUCCAUCCGGACAGUCCCGAACUGACCGCGAAGAUGGACCUCCUGUGUCGUGUGCACGACGUAUACGUGGCCAGUCCGAAUUCGACGCAGCCUGGCUUCACCCACACACAGGGGUGCAUGUAUUUGGCACCUUAUCUUAUGCAUGCAGCUAGUAGACUAAGAACUUUUAGUACUACAACUUAUGGUCUCGGAUGCAUGUAUUAGUUUUAGUAUUUUUUGGCACGACCUUAUCGCAUGCUAUAAGUCAUUACGCGUAGAAGUACAUGAGCCUUGUAUCUUCGCACGCAUGCGUGUAUUUAGAUUCUGAUCCUCAAACAUCAAGAAUGAUGCAUGUUUGUUUGGUACGGCCUUAUCCUAAGUUAGAAGUCUUCAAAGUCCAUCUUUACUUACCACCUCCAAGGAGAAAAGUCCUUAUCUACGCUACUUUGUUUGGUAGGAGGUCUAACCCCUCUUUCCUAGAAGUAAUUUCUCCCCGUCCCCUAUUAGAAAUAACCUAAGCCUCUUCUUUAUCAGAAGUAACCUCUUCUUUAUCCGAUGAAGUAUUAACCCCUUCUAAUCUCCCAACGCAAUUUUGUGCUGCUGAGCGUUGUAUCGACCGUGCCACACGAGAAGCGCGGUUGCAAGAGCUGUGGCGUCAACUGAAUUGGUACUAUCAUGCACAGUAAUAUUAUGCCACACAUACAUAGAACGUGGUCAAAGGAAUUAGUCGAUACUAUAGAUACCAGAGCAGUUUCAUUUAGCGCGCAUGGAGUAGCAUGGGGUGCAUGGAGCGCAGACCCAUAAGGGACGCAAGAAGCGCCCCUCUUAGCUCCAUGCAACUUCAUGCGACCCAUGCACUCCAUGCCAUGCGAGCGGGCAAACCUUGCAAAUUACUCUGAGAUACAGCUACUACAUCUAAAUCGGUGUACUGAAUUGUUACUCGUUCUAGUCAACUGAAUUGGUGCACUACUGCUACUUGGUCAACAACUGAAUGAUAUCCAUGUUCGUCAGGUUCGAGGAACAAUUUCCUGAGAAGGGCAACGGAGAAUACCUCUGCGGCACCCAGAUGACGCAUGCAGACAUGACUUGGUUUUUACGGCUUCUUAUUCGUCUCACUUCGUUAGUAGCACGGGGAAAGCAUGUCAUAAGUUUGAGCUGCUUAAUAGAAAGCAUGCCAAAAAUCUGCAUCCAUUUUCAUCAAGGUCAACUAGAAGAGUUAGUAAGCGGCAACGAAGUUUGGCUAACUGCAAAUAAUAUGUAAGUACUUUCUUAGUCAAAAUCUCCAUGAUUCUCCAUGAUUAAAUGGUAGACUUCUCUAAGGAUCCCAACUAUCUGCUUUAUGGAGUACCUGUUGCCUCGAAAUUUCGGUUGGGAUGAUAUCACCAGAGCAGAAGGCGAUGCACUCUUAUUCCCCAAAAUGUUAUGGCUACCGCUAAAGCAUGUCCUUAACUACACCGUGAUCCCUUGUAUGAUCAUGCCACUUAAACUUAUUGAGAACGAAGGUAUGGGAAUGUCGUUCCUAACUAACAAGUCGAAGGGGUAGAGGGGACGCAUUCAUCCCUGUCUCGUCUUCUAGUUGAAAAGAUGGAGCCAACCAUUCCACCACUUGACUAUUACUACGAAAAUAGGGCUCGUUGGAGUCUUCUUCUACUUGAAUACGCUACUGCCCCAGGGGUCUUCUUCUACUUGAAUACGCUACUGCCCCAGGGGUCUUCUUCUACUUGAAUACGCUACUGCUCUAGGGGUCUUCUUCUGCUUGAAAAAAUGUCCUUUCCUCCAAGGAUACUAUUUAUUACUCCCAAGGAGGUUCUUCUUCUUCUACUUCUUCUCCUUCAGCAGAAGUUCUUGAAAAGAAGAAGCUCACCUAGCUAGGAGGAUGCCACAGCUCUAAAAGUGGGGCGUUGGUUCCAAUACCUUCGCAAGACGCAUCCCGAAUUCGAAGACGUCCGGUCGAAGAUUUUCAACUUCUUCGCUGAAAAGUUAUGCUGUUGUCUUUACUAGUACUAAGAUAGAGUAAGAGAGAGCGGGUUCUUUCCGGUAAAAUAGAGUAAGAGAGGACGGGUUCUUGCAAAGAACGGAUGUUUGAAAUAAAGAGCGGGCUCUUGCAAUAAAGAGCGGACUCUUGCAACAAAGAGCGGGCUCUUGCAAAGAACGACUUGCAAUUGCAAGGAGUGACUUGCAAAGAAUGACUACUAGCUACAUGAGUUUAUUUUUCCUAGUUUGUUGCUUGUAAUCAAUGUCCUCAGAGUCAUGAUAGUACAUCACCUACUUACAUGUUACUUUAAAAGCGUGUAAGUACAAGUAGCUCUAUUCGUAGGGUAACAAAAAAGAUACCACACUGUGUAUCAGGGUAUCAAAAGACAUACCAACAAGACCAAGAACUUUAUGUUCAUAGUCUGCUUUGGUGGAAGAAGAUGACGGUGGAAGAUGAGAGGAGAUAGAAAAACGUAGCACAAGUCUCGAGAAAAUAUGUUCUGUACUAGAUUUGUACUCAUUUUUAUAAUGUUCAUACCAAGUUGAAGUUCAAGUUCAUACUGUUCUGUAGAUGAUCGAAGCGAGGUCCUCGAUCCACGCCAUAAGUGGCGAAGUCUAUAAAUCAUACUCUAAACAUUGACGAAGCUGGCAUGUUUGAAGGGAUUCGAAACGAAAUCCUCGAUCCACGCCAUAAGUGGUUAUUCACCAGGGGCGACCUCCUGUGGAAUAAGAGGCAAACGCAAAAAUGA